CCAACUCGAUGGGAAAAGUUGCACUGGAGUUCAAGCGCGGAGUCCUGUUGCGUGACUGGGGGGGGGGACAUCGGCAGGAAUAAAAGUUCUAUCGUAUAUCUGCAACCCGGUCGCAGCACCAGAGUCAGCAGAGAUGAUGAAUUGUUACCUAAUCUGCCUGCUAUGUGGAAUGUAUGGUGCUCUUGCAAGGGACAAAGAUCAGAAGGGGAAGUACAGAGUCCCUCGUCUGGAUGUGAGAACCCGGCAGCUUGUCCUUGACACCAACCAGACACUAGUGCUCAGCUGCAGAGGCCGCUGGGAGCUGGCGUGGACGUACCCGUCGGGUUUGGCCAGAGAUGAGGUGCGUGUGGAGGAGUCUCGCUGUGGGAGGACGAGCCAGCACUACUGCAGCGGGGUGACGGUGAGCGGCGCCCAGGCCCGGCACACCGGCCCGUAUCGCUGCAGGUACCGACACCGAACACGAAAGCAGACCUCCGUCUACGUCUACGUCUCAGACAGCAAGCAGCCAUUUGUGGCACAUCCGGGUAAGAGCCCAGAUGUGUUGUACAUGAAGGAGAACCAGCCGCUGGUCAUCCCCUGCCGGGUCACCCACCCCAACGUCACCACCACACUGGUCAAGUACCCCAACCAGAAGCUGACUCUAGACCACAGAAGCAUUGUUUGGAACAGCAAGCAAGGCUUCACCAUCCGAAGUCCGACCUUCUCUUUCGUUGGCCUCAUCUUCUGCCAGGCGGUCGCCGAGGGCGUCGUGCACAAUUCACCUAAAUACUUCGUACACAGACAUGUGAGUAACAUCAUGGAGGUGUAUCUGAACACCAGUGGACCCGUGCAAGUCCUGCAGGGAGAGAGGAUGGUCUUGAACUGCACCGCCACCGGGGAGUGGAACACCAGAGUUAACAUCACCUGGGACUACCCCGGAAAGAAAAAAAACACCGGCUCCACGUACAAGAGGCUCCUCAAGCAACAAACGCACAUGUUGUUUUACAAUAUUCUGACAAUCCCGAAGCUGCAGCAUUCAGACCGAGGCCGCUACACGUGCCGCGUGACCAGCGGGAAGAACACCAGACAACAGAAAGUCACUGUUUCCGUCUAUGACCGUCCAUUUAUUCGCCUGAAGCCCGAACAUGGAUCUGUUAUGGAGGUACAGAAAGGACAGAAAUCUUACCGAAUCGCUCCCAAUCUCCGAGCGUUCCCUGCCCCUGAAGUCGUCUGGCUGAAGGAUGGUGAGGUGGCAGCAGACCAAUGCUCCAGAUACCACAUGGACGGGACUUCCCUGGUGAUCCGGGACGUGGCGGAGGAGGAUGCUGGGAAGUACACCGUCCUGGUCCGCAUCCAGGAACACAGACUCUACCAGAAUCUCACGCUCACACUCGUGGUUAAAGUGAGUCCACAGAUUGGGGAGAAAGCGGUGUCGUUGCAAGACCCCGGCUCGGUCCCUCGGGGCAGCAGACAAGCCCUUCACUGCACAACCCAUGGAGUUCCUCCUCCACGCAUCCAGUGGCUCUGGCAUCCCUGCCCGCCCAAAGGCCUGUGUGUGUCUCCAACCUCCUCCUCGCCAUGGAGCCCUGUGAGUGAGAGGAUCCCCGCCACGUCCACAAGCAACCACAUCCGGAGUGUUACUCACCGACAGGAAGUGCUCCAGGGGAAGAUAAAGACAGUGGGGGUCCUGACUGUGGCAGAGGCUUUUGUGUCUGGAGUUUACCGCUGCGUCGCCUCCAACGCCGUCGGCACCAACCAGCUAGACUUCCACUUCUACGUCACAGACGUCACAGGAGGCUUCAGUGUGAGCCAGAGGGAGGAACCCAGAGAGGGCGGAGACCUCCACCUCACCUGCGUGGCCAAUAAGUAUCUGUACACAGCGCUGUCGUGGCAACAGGUGAACGGGACAGAGGUGAGCGGCCCUGACCUGAGCGGUCGGCUGCUCACCUCGGGGGAGUAUUCCAAUCGCCUGGUCCUGUUGCUAAGCAACCUAACAGCCAGAGACUCGGGAGGAUACCGAUGCUCCGCCCGCCACCUGAUCACGGGACAGGAGACACACCUGGACACACAGGUGGUGGUCACAAUUCUGGAGCCUCCGGUGCUGCUUAACAAUCUCACCGAUUGUACGGUCAACGCCAGCGCCUCACUGAUCCUGAGCUGCCCCUCCGAAGGCGUCCCCCCCCCGACCGUCACGUGGUACAAGGAUGACCGCGCUCUGUCCCAGGGAUCAGGUAUCGUGAUAUCGGCAGAAGAUGGGACCCUCCACAUUGAUCGGAUCACAGUGGAGGACCAGGGCCUUUACACGUGCCAGGCCACCAAUGUGAGGGGAUCUGCAGAGAGCUCUGCCCAUAUAUGGGUCAACGGAGCCACAGAAGUCUCAUUCCUGGAGAUUCCCGCCCUCACCUGUACCUGUGUUGUUGCCGCUCUAUUCUGGCUUUUGCUGACGCUCUUCAUACGCAAACUGAGACAGCCCAGUAACGCAAACACCAAACCCGAGUACCUGUCAAUCAUCCUGGACAGCGGAGAGGGGCCGAUAGACGAGCAGUGUGAGAGACUGCAAUACGACCCCAACCAAUGGGAGUUCCCUCGGGAGCGGCUCAAAUUAGGGAAACCUCUGGGCCGUGGAGCCUUCGGGAAGGUGAUGCAGGCGGCUGCGUUCGGAAUAGAAAACGCCUCCAGCUGCAGCACUGUGGCUGUUAAGAUGCUCAAAGAGGGAGCUACAGACAGCGAACACAAAGCCCUGAUGACCGAGCUGAAGAUCCUCAACCACAUCGGACACCAUCUGAACGUAGUCAACCUACUGGGAGCCUGCACCAAACUGGGAGGGCCGCUGAUGGUCAUUGUGGAGUACUGCCGGUAUGGAAAUCUCUCCACCUUCCUGAAGGGAAAGAGAGACGUGUUUGUGCACAAGACGCCUGCCAGAGGAGAGGACAGGGGGCCGGCGUCUGUCGCCAGCAUGUCCGAGUUUGAUGAGAGAGACACCAAAGAAAAGCCCCCCAGUCACAAAUCGGCCUCCAACUCGCCCUUAUUCCCAGAGGAUCUCAUCUCUUUCAGCUACCAGGUGGCGCGAGGAAUGGAGUUUCUGGCCUCCCGCAAGUGUAUUCACAGGGACCUGGCCGCCAGGAACAUUUUACUCUCUGAAAAUAAAGUGGUCAAGAUCUGUGACUUUGGCCUGGCCAGAGACAUCUACAAAGACCCCGACUACGUCCGCAAGGGAGACGCCCGCCUCCCUCUCAAGUGGAUGUCUCCAGAGUCCAUCUUUGACAAGGUGUUCACCACGCAGAGCGACGUGUGGUCCUACGGCGUCCUGCUGUGGGAGAUCUUCUCUCUGGGAGCUUCUCCGUACCCUGGUCUUCACAUUGAUGAGGAGUUCUGCCACAGACUGAAGGGGGGGACGAGGAUGCGAGCACCUGACUACAGCACACCUGAGAUUUACAGCACCAUGCUGGCAUGCUGGGAGGCCAGUCCCUCGGACCGACCCACCUUCUCGAACCUGGUGGAGACCCUGGGAGACCUGCUGCAGGCCAGGGUUCAGCAGGAAGGGAAGGACUACAUUCCUCUGAUGUCUCUCGUGAGUGGAGAUACCGGCGAGACCUUCAAAGAAAACGUGCUUGCAGUCACAAACUUGAGCUACAUGAGGGCCAUGGCCACACUGCAGACGUUUGAGGAGCCGCCCUGCACAGAGCCGGACAGCCCUUACGAUGAGCAGAGUGACAGCGGCAUGGUGCUGGCAUCCGAGGAAACCGAGAGUCUGACGUGGAACAACGGCCCAAAGAUCAGGAAAUUCAGCAGGUUCUUUGCCUUCACUGCGUGCCGGGACCAACAGGUGCCUUUCCUGUUGGACAACAUCAAGGGUCUCUGGGACGACUCGGUCUCGCCCUCCAUCCUUCCGCGCGAUUGGGAGUCUGACGAGGGGGGCUCUCCUCCUCCGGACUACAACUCGGCUUUCCUCUUCCCUUCCCUGUAGCAUCGCUGCUCAGAGGGAACACACACACACCCACACACACACACACACAUAUACUGUAUAUUCCUGCUCACAAUCUUUAUUCAACUGCGUCCUCUACCUCGUUGUAUCCGCGCGUUUUCUGCCGUCCUCCUUUCUCUUCUGCGACCAAACAUAAAAACAUCCCUUUGCGGUUCUUAAGUUCUCAAAAAGAAACUGUCGUGCAACAAAGCCUCUACAGUAUUACCAAGUAAUGUUUUAUACCACCACACACGAUGCUUCCCAGAGCAGCUAAGAGUUAUGCAGAUUAUUAGAGCGUAUUGUUUUGGUACCUCAUGUGCUGAGCUUUGUGAAGAGGAACACUGCUGUAUAAAAUAAUGGUUCCUCCAACACCGCUUUUAUAUGCUGGAAAAAAAAAGUAACAAUAAGACUGAAUUGUAGGUCGUUUGACCGGACGUAUUAAUCUGUAUUUAUUUAAAUGCUGCAUUUAUUCCAUGGAUGAGUGGAUGUAAUAUGUACUCCGUUGCCAGUUUCCGUUUCUAAUGUUCACUUUAACUGAAGCGGUCUGAGGAAGGUGCUGAUUUGUCCGGCAGUGGUAUUAAUGAGGAAGGACAAAAUAUGUG